AGCCCUGAUGCUUGUAAAAGCAGUGAGUCAGCAGGUCAAGUAGGGCAAGCCUCGCAGAAUAAUGAGGGCAAUGUUGUUACCACUAGGUCAGGACGAGUAGGUAAAUCAACAAAGGAUAAUCAAAAUUUUAUUUGCUACUAAUUAUUUACAUUUAUUGAUAAAAUAAUUUCUCAACGUUGGCUGGAAAGGAUGUAGCGUACUGGUUAUACGUGCACAUAUCUCGUGAUUAUUGACAACAAGUUUGGUAUGGAUUCUAAGGUGAGCACUUUGUACUUUAAUUCAGUAAAUGUUACUACUCGCGUUAAUCCUACUGCACUGAAAUUCCUGCAUGCUGUAAAAUACCUGCAUGCUGUAAAAUACCUACAUGCUGUAAAAUACCUGCAUGCUGUAAAAUACCUGCAUGCUGUAAAAUACCUGCAUGCUGUAAAAUACCUGCAUGCUGUAAAAUACCUGCAUGCUGUAAAAUACCUGCAUGCUGUAAAAUACCUGCAUGCUGUAAAAUACCUGCAUGCUGUAAAAUACCUGCAUGCUGUAAAACAUGCUGUAACAUACCUGCAUGCUGUCAAAUACCUGCAUGCCGUCAAAUACCUGCAUGCCGUAAAAUACCUGCAUGCCGUCAAAUACCUGCAUGCCGUAACAUACCUGCAUGCCGUAAAAUACCUGCAUGCCGUAGAAUACCUGCAUGCCGUAAAAUACCUGCAUGCCGUAAAAUACCUGCAUGCCGUAAAAUACCUGCAUGCUGUAAAAUACCUGCAUGCUGUAAAAUACCUGCAUACUGUAAAAUACCUGCAUGCUGUAAAAUACCUGCAUGCUGUAAAAUACCUGCAUACUGUAAAAUACCUGCAUGCUGUAAAAUACCUGCAUGCUGUAAAAUACCUUCAUGCUGUAAAAUUACUAUACGUCAGUAAACUCUUCUACUUCUAUAUGUGUAACUUGUUUGUUAAUAAAGUUCAGUUAGCCUUUGGCAGUGAGGGAGAGACCGUCCCUUUGUGUCUGAAUGACGACCAGGCUACAUUAAACUACUGCACUGAAAUUCCUGCAUGCUGUAAAAUUACUAUACGUCAGUAAACUCUUCUACUUCUCUAUGUGUAACUUAUUUGUUAAUAAAGUUCAGUUAGCCUUUGGCAAUGAGGGAGAGACCGUCCCUUUGUGUCUGAAUGACGACCAGGCUACAUAUUCAAACAAAGAAUAGUUUUCUCCGCAAGCGAGUCAGAGCACAGCAGAACACCUAACUUGCAGCCAACUAGUGAAAUUCAACAUUUUAGAUCUCUUUUAAUGAACUACUGCAACCCAGUUAGUCUAAGUGGAGAUUGAAACAACAUUUUAACAGGUAAACUAUUCAUUUUUUAGCGAACGUACGAGGACGCAAACAACUCACUUCUUUUGUGAAUAUAUACAUACAUACAUACAAACAUACAUACAUACAUACAUACAUACA